AUGUCGCUGUAUGCAUGUGCGAUAUGUUGUGUGUCCAGCUGGCGAGAGUAACGUGGUGUGGAGGAGCGUCGGCCGACAGAUCGGACCCACAUGUGUUGUAUCCAGAUGUUUGUUCCGCUGACCACUGACGGCGAUGAAUGCAUGGUUUCAGACGGCAGUAUGUGACAUGACUGUGGCCCCCGUGGGAACGACAAGCAAAAGAUUUCAAGAUGUUUCCUCAUCAAGCGGGAAAGUAGAUCUACGAAACAAACAGAAAGGCUGUUUGAGGUUCAACUGGGAUUAAGAAUUGUCAUCUUGGUUGGAACCAAGACCAUGGUGGACAAUACUUUUCAAAACAAAACUCAGGCACAGAAUCAGGAACUUGGAAAGAUUUGAUGACCUACUGGAGCAUGUGAACCUGAUCAGCACUCAACAAGAUGGCCCAGGCUGUGAAGAGCGUGCAGCGACCGUCGAAGACAGUCAGUGUCUGGAGGUGCUCUGUUUGUGACCGAGUCCUGUCCAGCAAGGGUUGUCUCAGGGUGCACAUGAAUAUCCAUACUGGCGAACGACGAUAUAAGUGUGAAACUUGUAACAAGGAGUUUAACCAGAAAACCCAUCUCAUCUGCCAUAUGAAAACUCACAAUAAACAGAGUGCACAGAGUAUUUCUCAGGUCAACACACAGUUCAGUUGUAGGGUCUGUGGAAAAUCAUUCACAUCAUCUCUUGGACGAAAUUCACACAUGAGAUGCCACAAAGCGGGAAAGGUUGCAAGUAUGAAAUCUACAGACAAGUUGUUCAAGUGUAAGUUUUGUGGAAAGGUAUUUCCGACUUAUUGGAGACAAAAGAGACACAUAAAGUUACACAUGAAGGAGUUGGGUCCAAUUAGAGUUAAGCAUUCAAAUAAAAAAAUUGCCUCCCAAAAUGAAGCCUAUAAAUGUAAUGAGUGUGACCUGACAUUCAGGUCAUAUGUUGACCUAAAUCAACAUUGCGACACCCACACCAAGGUCCAGCCAGCUGGCUCACAAGGCGACACUGGACAGGGGGUCUACCAGUGUGUCACGUGUGACCGGACGUUCAGGUCAUAUGUCUACCUCAAACUUCACACAGACACUCAUGAACUUCAGAACCAAAUCGACAGGGUUCCUGUCACGCGUGAGCUCCCCAGCGUGGACAAACACAAAACAUGCAGUGCAAGCGCAGGUCUGAAACUGGAAACUCCUUCCGAGUCCAGGGAACCAGAAGUCACAGAGCGUAAAUAUGUUUGUCACAUUUGUAGUGAAACAUUUGAAGCAGUGUUGGUCUUGAAGCAACAUUUACAAACACAUGUGGUGAAAAGGGAAGCGGAUGAUGAGAGCCUCGCUAAACCCCAUCUGUGUACCGAGUGUGGGCAGAGGUUUCUCCGAGCACAUGACCUGAAGCGCGCCAUCUGGAGAUACAUGCGAGGGGAGGCUACAAAUGCUCCUUGUGUGAACAGGUGUUUACUUUCCAGAGUUGGCUGAAGCGCCACGUGCAGAAAGCUCAUGACAACAUUCCCUUACAGACCAGCCCCCAACUAGCACACCAGUGUAGCGUAUGUGGACAAGCAUUCAACAAAAAAAGCAGCAUGGUUAGUCAUAUGAAAUACUCCCACAAAAUGAAGACAGCACAAUCGACUUCCUCCACCCAAGGUGCAGGUGACCUUGACCAAGUCGUGACACA